UAAAAUGAGUGGACGAGGAAAAACCGGAAAGGCCAAGAGCAAGCCCAAGUCUCGCUCGUCCCGGGCCGGACUGCAGUUCCCGGUGGGCCGUGUUCACAGGCUCCUGAGAAAGGGUAACUAUGCUGAGCGGGUGGGUGCCGGAGCCCCGGUCUAUCUGGCCGCUGUGCUCGAGUACCUGACGGCUGAAAUCCUCGAGUUGGCCGGUAACGCGGCCCGGGACAACAAGAAGACCCGCAUCAUCCCCAGACACCUGCAGCUGGCCGUCCGCAACGACGAGGAGCUCAACAAGCUGCUGGGAGGGGUGACCAUCGCUCAGGGCGGGGUGCUGCCCAAUAUCCAGGCCGUGUUGUUGCCCAAGAAAAGCGGCGCGCCCGCCAACCCCAAGGUGAAACUAUCGGCUAAAAUGAGUGGACGAGGGAAAACCGGAAAGGCCAAGAGCAAGCCCAAGUCUCGCUCGUCCCGGGCCGGACUGCAGUUCCCGGUGGGCCGUGUUCACAGGCUCCUGAGAAAGGGUAACUAUGCUGAGCGGGUGGGUGCCGGAGCCCCGGUCUAUCUGGCCGCUGUGCUCGAGUACCUGACGGCUGAAAUCCUCGAGUUGGCCGGUAACGCGGCCCGGGACAACAAGAAGACCCGCAUCAUCCCCAGACACCUGCAGCUGGCCGUCCGCAACGACGAGGAGCUCAACAAGCUGCUGGGAGGGGUGACCAUCGCUCAGGGCGGGGUGCUGCCCAAUAUCCAGGCCGUGUUGUUGCCCAAGAAAAGCGGCGCGCCCGCCAACCCCAAGGGCAAGUAAAGAGACAAAGCGACAAUUUAGAAACCCAAAGGCUCUUUUCAGAGCCACUCAGAUUGUCUGUGGAAGGGCUGAGCACCGGCUGGGGUGGGUCCGGGGGAUUUCCGAUCCGGGUGUCUGUCGUAGACAGCGACUUAAACUUGGUCUAAAUCGCUUUUCCUCUCCUGGGGGUAAAAACACAACAUUUAUCUGCGCACGGGGUGUCCUCCCUCAACCCGGACUCCCUCCCAUUCCUCAGUUGCCUCAUUUUCGAAAAAUUAAGAUUUUUUUUUCCCCCGUCGUUGUUUCUACUUCCUGAUUUAAUGCAGAGCGGCUCUUGAUUGGCAGUAGAUCGCCUUAGGUGAUUGGUAAAUGAAAAAGCCCAAUCAGAGAACGGCAUCAUUCACCAAUGAAACGCGCCAGACGGCCGAAAUCGUGAAAUUUGAAAAGUGCUGCGGAAGGAAAAUAAUUUCAUAGAACAGUCAAAGUAAACAAUUAAAUCAAUCUGUUCCAAAAAUUGACGAGAUUUCAGCAAUUCAGGAAGAUAAAGAUGCCAGACAAGGUGAGAAAGGAGAAGUCAGCAUGCCAACAAUGCCAGAUGACUCCAACAAUGAACCAAAACAUCCUUCAACCAAUUGCAGAGGCAGCCCUGAUAGUGAUAAGUCAGGGAAUUCCCGG